GGCUCACACUGGAAUGAUCAUUGGAUAUAAGAACCCUGACACACAGGACAAUGUGGGGCAGCAAGGAAAACUAGAGGGAUUGCAUGGAUGUAGCAGGCACACAGAGGUAAGAGGACAUGCUUUGCCAAACACUGUCUUUAUUGCACAUGUCCAAGUAUACAAUGUAACUGAUAAAUCACAGGACUCUAUCUCCUUGUAGAAUUACUGGUUACAAUGUGGGAAGCUGAAUGACUUUGAUCAAUGCUAAAUAUCCAUUGUAGCUUUGGAUUGUAAGCUUCUUUUGGGAAGGGAACUGUGUGUACUUAUAUAAUAAUAAUAAGAAAUAUCUAUUAUUAUUAUUAUUAUUAUUAUUAUUAUUAUUAUGGGAUUUAUUAGUAGAAAAAAUUAUUAUUAUUAUUAUUAUUAUUAUUAUUGACAAUUUUCAUUCUUAUGGGAUAGAAUUCUGCAUUUAUUUUAUUUUAUUUAUUUUUAAGAAAAUGUUUUAUUAUUAUUAUUAUUAUUAGAAAAUUGGAUUUAUUACUAUUAUUGAUAUUAUUAUUAUUAUUAUUAUUAUUAUGAGUUUUGUUUAUUGCUGUCAAUAUACUGAGGAUGUCAAGAGUCAGUUUUCCUGCACUGGGGAUUUUGUUUCAGAUCCAGCCUUACAUCAGGGAGUCCCCCAUUCAUGUUCUCAUGUUUGCAAUAGAAUGUGCAGGCAGAUUUGGACAUAGUGUCCCCGAACUCUGAGGUUAGCAGAGCUUGUUAUGAAUUAAAAUUCCUUUGUAUUACUUCUGGAAUUUUCUGUCAACGCACUUGUUGCAAUUUUUUUUUUUUUUAUUUUGUUCUCAUGAUGUGUCAGAGUGCAUUCAAAUCAGUCACACGAAAUUAUACCAUUUAACUGGGCUGAUUUCAUUGACUUGUCAGACUGUAAUAAAACAAACUGCUCAGAUGUGUUUGAGCACAUGAACAUGCGGAUGUAUUUAUAAACACUCCUGUAUGUUACAAGUAUGUGUAUACUAGUGUAGUGUGUGUGUGUGUGUGUGUGUGUGUGUGUGUGUGUAAGUAAAGAAUAUCAGGAGAUCUUGAGGCAGUAUGUGUGUGUCUCUUUAGAAAUGAUCUCUAUAUUGUGGCAGGGAUACAGUAGAAUGUGUAAUUUUUCUACACUUUAAAAAUAUAAUACAUUUUUUCAAUGUCCAGUUUUCCAAAAAAUGUCAAAAGAUUUGUAUGAAACAAAGUUGUGUCCUAAUUGAACACAAUUUGUAGGUCUGUACAAAAUGUAUCUUCUGUAGGUUUGUCAGUACACCGGUAUGGUGAAUUUCAUUUCAGCUGCUGUACUUUUCAGUUUGCUAUUGUUGGCAUUUGGGCAAGAACAGAUGACGAUUUCAUCAUUCAGCCAAUACAAAAAAAAAAUCCCUCCAAAAUAUUUGUCAGGAAUAUUCAAGAGGAUUUGAGUUGUUGCUGUUCCUUUAAGGGGGUGUGUAGGUGGCUAGAGGUGCACCUGCCACACAGGUAUGACUAGAAUGGUUGCUAAGCAACUGUCAGGGGUGAAGAAAGGUGAGGCUGAAUUUUUUUUUUUUUUAUAGGCAGGUGCCUUGUUUAUUUCAGAACAUACAGUAUUCUAAAGCAAUCAGCAUUGUAAAUAUGUAAUAUGGACUAUGAACCUUUUUUAACACUGUGUACAUAUGGUAAUGUUGUCUAAAGUUCCUCUUUAUGGUGUACAAUUUUCAUCAAACAUUGGCUGCAUUAUAUCCAUUUUUAUUUUUAUAUAACUAAACUCUGGUCUAUCUGAUAUCAAUAACUUAUAAUUUGUAGAUUCUUCAAGAUUCUACAGGUGUUUCUCCCAAAAUAUAAAUGAAUGUAAUCAUUUGUAUUUUUCAACCCUUAAUUAUUAUAAGAUUAAAAUAACGUUUAGACCACUUGAAAAUAGAUUUAUUUUUUUUUUGGUGGGGGGAAGUUAGUCAACUUACCAGAUAUUGAAUAGCUAAAAUCCAUCUAAACCAGCUGCUGGAAGGCUAUGGGAGUUCUGGUUCACUAAUCACGAGAGUGCCUUCAUUUUCCUUAAGGCGCUUAGAUUUGUAAGUACUGAACUUCAGUCAUGUUGAAGUUUUUUAAUGAUCAAGUAAAUAACAGCUGACACGAUUGGUAGUAGCAAACUGUUUGCUUGUUUCGUCAAGAACAUAAGUUGUGAGUCACAGGUUAUAUUGAUAAGGUACAAUGUGAUCGGUGGUGUAUAUCGUAAAUAGGUGUUGUAACAGUUUAGCACGUUAGCAGGAACGAAGUCAUGCUGGCAAAGGUAUUUCUAAAAAUGUAGACUAAGUCAGUAGUGCGUAAGUACAUUUUUUUUUUGUUUAUGUAUUUACAAAUUACGCUCAAAGAUCUCUUGUUAGAUAAAUUAAUCUAAUGUAUUUUAACUCCUGAUAAGGGCAUGUUCAUAGAAUAAUUGAGGAAAAUUAUAUAACGACUUGAAUUGUGCUACAACGUACGGUAGACACAUUUGCAUAAAUGUGUGCUACAUCUGUGGGCUUGUGGAAUUAAUUACCUUAGAUACCCUUUAUUGAUAGGUCUCCAUCUCAACAUUUUCUAUUGUCAUUUAUAGACACAGUCUGAUAGAAUUGGAGAUAUGUUUAUAUAGAAACAUGUGACGGCAGAUAAGAACCAUUCGGCCCAUCUAGUCUGCCCAAUUUUCUAAAUCCUUUCUUUAGUCCCUAGCCUUAUCUUAUAGUUAGGAUAGCCUUAUGCCUAACCCACUCAUGCUUAAACUCCUUUACUGUGUUAACCUCUACCACUUCAGCUGGAAGGCUGUUCCAAGCAUCCACUACUCUCUCAGUAAAGUAAUACUUCCUGAUAUUAUUUUUAAAUCUUUGCCCCGCUAAUUUAAGACUAUGUCCUCUUGUUGUGGUAGUUUUUCUUCUUUUAAAUAUAGUCUCCUUUACUGUGUUGAUUCCUUUUAGUAUUUAAAUGUUCCUAUCAUUUCCCCCUGUCUCGUCUUUCCUCCAAUCUAUACAUGUUAAGUUAAUUUAACCUUUCCUUGUAAAUUUUAUCCUGCAAUCCAUGAACCAAGACUGAAGCUUUCCUGUGCUUAAAUUUGCUCAUCUUUCAUGAGGAAGAAGAUACAGUAUAAAAAUCUCACCUCUUAGAGUUAAUUGAGACGCUGGGAUACAACAAAUUUUUUUUAAAGUAAUUGUUAAUGACACACUAAGAAAGAAUUUAUAACAAUAGACAUCAAUGCCUGCAUCUUCCUUUAGACUUCCUGUCUCACAUUUCCUCUGACAUAGGUCAAAAAGCCCUCACACGGUAGUUAUCAACAUGUGCCAACAAUUUUUUACGUUACUGGAAAGAUGGAUAACCUUUAAUGAAAUAAUAGCAUGGUCUUCUUGUCUGCCACUGAUCGCUGCUUGAAGUUUCGCCAAGUUACCAUGAACAUAUUGUUAUUCUCUCGCUAGACCAAUAGCAUCAAAAUUGUAUAACCUUUUGAGGUUACUUACCCAGCAAAUUGUAUUGUUGGUUUCACAGCCAUGAAUACAUAGAUUUUUAACUUUUAACGCAGUGUCCCACAAAGACUGCAGAUAUCGAGAACUUUGUGAUCCAAGUUUCCUGCAAGCCAUGUCCAAUGUCUGUGAAUUUUAGUUCUUCAAGAGCUAAGGUGGUACAAGUUGACUAGUUUGAUGCAUAGUUCAAUAGCCAGAACGCCACAACCUGUCCUUCCCCAAAAAUGUGUCCCAUCAUUUGUAAACGCUCUCAGUGUCAACACAUUAACAGAACACCUCCUGACAAACCACUAAUUAUGCACUAAGACUCUCAAGGACUUGUUUUAAAUCGGGCUCUCAAGCUAAGAAUGCUUGGCUCUAUGUAAUAUGUAUUGUCGCAUUAUUGAUUUCGUAGGUUUUGCCUAUAAAUAAAUUCAUUUUUGUAUGUCAUAAAAAGGCACGACAACAUCACUGCAAAUAGUGGGAAAAGUAUAUCACGGGGCAGGGUUGUAAAAGUAUAUCAAACAUUCGGAGAUAACACCACUUUUGGAAUACUGUCCCAAAUUAGUUCAUAAUACAUAACCCCAAUGUGUUCCGGGAUUUGUUAGCCUUCCACUAUUUUUUAUUUUUUUUAUUGUAGCACUUUUUUCUUCACUUUUUCCUCUUAAGUCUCAUUUGUGAAUUACUACGGUCUUUCAGUCACCUUUACCUGCGUGCAAAUAGGUCACAACACCUGAUGACAGCAAAAACAAGUUUGCAGAACGAUGCAUGUAUCAUCUGAAAUAAUUGUGUCAUUGUUUGGUGAAUAUUACAUUCAAAUAGCCCAAAUAACCCCUUGCUCAUACAUUUGUAUUUCCUCCCCAUUAGUCAUAAAUACUAUAGUAAGUCUUGGGUGUGGGGAGCUAAAAAUAUUAACUGAGCAAGGUGAGGAAGCACCUUGCAGCACAAUCUGACACAAAGUAUUUGGCAAAAGGUCUUGGUGCAGACCACAGAAGUUUAGCCGGUAACUCCUGAUUUGACUAAUUGAGAUCUUUAUCCUAAAAUGUCUAGAUGCUAUGGGGAGAUGCAAAUCUGCUUGUUGAUCAGGAAAUUUUACUAAAAUACCUGUGUAUUUUACUCAUGCAUUUCUCUGCAUACAUAAUGUAUGUCUUGUUGAUAGGGGUACUGAAACUGAAAAAGAGGAUGUAAGUCGCUGUAUUGAAAAUGGGUUUUUCCGGGACUCUCCAUGGCCGUAAGAAUUUGAGAGGUGUUAAAAAAAAUAAAAAAAUUCUAAAUUGGAACUGGUGCAAAAGAAUGUUCAUUUUCUGUUUAUCUACAAAUCCCAUCAUGCACACUGACAUCCUUAACAGAAAUGUUUAACAUUUAGGGAAACACGGUUUUCAUGAGCACUUUUCUUGUACACCACACGCAUGCUUAGGAUGUGUUAUUUAAUUUUUUUUUUCUUAUAUGGUAAUUUUAAGGGCACACCAAGGGCUAGGCCCCCUCAAGCACACCUACUAUGUUGUGCUGAGAGUCCCAUGAUCCUUAGCCGACCAAAGUGGAUGGUUAUGAAUAAUGGGAAUAUAAAUUUCGACAACCGAUACAUCCAUCUGACCCAUCUAGUCUGUUUGUUGCCUAAAAAAGAGUUGUAUUCUAGAUUUGGUUAAGUGCACCUGGACAUCAGUGUUGUCAAUCUCAAGAUUUCAUGAACAAUGUUUUAGUUUCUACCACCUCUGCUGACAGGAUAUUCCAUGUUUUUCAAACAACGUCUGUUUUUCCCUAUUUUUGCCCAUUCCCUGCUUCCAAAUCCAGGCCACACUGUCUUAAUCCAGCUAAUUUCUUUCUGUAUAAAAGUUCAUACUCUACAGCUUUUCUAAUCCUUUCAUAUUUGUAAUGUGCUAUCUUGUUAUCCUUAUCCCUUCUUCUGUAAGCUGUACAUAUUGAGGGGUCUCACUCUAUCUGGGUAUGUCUUUUUGUGUAGACAAUGCACUAGUAGAAUUGUAUUAUCUCCAGCAUUUCGGUGUUUGUGAAGAUUAUAUUUCCAGAACUGCCCACACAAUUCUUAUCAGGUCCAUUAAAUGAUGAGUAACAGGGCAUCAACAUCUCAAUGCAUUUCUUUUAAAAUAGACCCAGGCAUUUUAAAAAAAAGGUUACUAGGGUAUGAUGGGAUUUACAGAACUUGGUGGGAGUUUCAAAAAGUUGCUCAUCCAUAUACUUAUCCAUAUGUCUUAAAAUAGUAAUUCAGUCAGUCAAUAUAACACAUUCUCAUUUUCUUUCUAUUCCCUUCUGUGCAAACAUUAUUACCACGUGUCAUCUUGUCAGUCAAGGUUUAGAACCAGAAUCUAUUAAACAUGAAGUCCACUUACACUCUUGAUAUCUUAGACAGGAAGAAUUCCUAUAUUUAGCUGGUGAAUUCACGAUGUUAGAGGCAUCUUUGAGUUUUCUUCAGUUGACUCCAUGAAAUGAAAUGGGGACACACCAUGGUAAGACUCAUUACAGGUGUGCUUCCCUCACAUUUCGUAAAGUUUCCGAAAUAAGCAGAAAUUAAUUCGUUGUCUUGACCCUGCGAGGUCUGAGUUUGCAAAGUGGCCUAUUUUAUAAAACCACCAAUACUAUUGUAGUUAUUUAUUUAUCAUGAGCAACUGAGGGACAGAUGUCUACAAGUAGAAUAACCACUUAUUCCACUGGUUACAUUAUUUAUGUGCAAAUGAUGUGAUGUUCCAAAACGUGAUACUACAUUUCAAUUGGCACAGUUUUGGAUUUGGAUUUUUGACAUUCUAAUUGUAACAUGUUUUUGGUUUUUGAAUUAUCUGAUGUGACUCUGAAAACAAAAAGCAUCCUGCAUUCUUCUUGAAUUUCAGAAGCCAUGAUUACCAGUUGUGUUGUUGUUAAAAAUCUCAGUGCUACACACAACAAUAAUCUGUAUGUCUUUAACAGGGCCUCAUUAUUAGAUUCAAAUUUUCAACUUUAACAUCCGGCAAAAUAUUGUGUUUGCAUUGCUCAGUUACUGCAAAUAAUUCCCAGUACAAAUAGCAAUUUGCAAUUUCCAGUAAGUGUCUGAUGUAACAACAGUGAGAUACUACAGUGGCAAAGAUAUAGUUUGCCAACAACGGUGUGCAUGUCGUCAUCAUUCAGCACAUGUAUGUUUAGUCACCAAACUAAAAAAGUAAAUUUUUAUGCUUUGGUCCUAAAUUUUAAAUGUACUUUUAAUUCUCAUUUUAGUAAAUAACCCUUAUACCAUUUAAUUGCAAUUACAUCAGUGACCGAUUAAAGAUUGCAAAACAAAGGAAUUGUAGAAAUAUGCCUUUCCAACUUAAAUUGGCUUCUGUUGUGAAUUGAUAAUAUAACGGAGUAUAAUGUGUUACCUACUCUGAUUAUCUUAGUUAUAGGACCACCAUAAUGCCAGGGAAAACAAACAUGUUUUCCUGGCACUAUAGGGUUAUUAGGUCUCCCUCCCACUGGGCUGAAGGGGUUAGUUAAAACCCCUUCAGCCACUUGCCUUUUUCCAGCGCCAGGCUCCCUCAGCGCUGGGGAAAUCUCCACCUCCUGCCGACGUCAUCGGCACGUGUCCAUUCAAACAGCCCAUAGGAAAGCAUUACUCAAUGCUUUCCUAUGGAUGUCAGCAUCAUCUCAAUGUGAUUUUCACAGUGAGAAUCGCGAAAGCGGCCUCUAGUGGCUGUCAGCGAGACAGCCACUAGAGGCUGGAUUAACCCUCAAUGAAAACAUAGCAGUUUUUUCUAAAACUGCUAUGUUUUCAGCUGCAGGGUUAAAACUAGAGGGACCUGGCACCCAGACCCUUUCAUUGAGCUGAAGUGGUCUGGGUGCCUAUAGUAGUCCUUUAAUAUGCAACAAAAGAGUUAGGGUGAUACCAAUAAGGAUGCGACUUUAAUGAGGACACUGAUGUUAUCCUACAAAAUUAAUUUCCAGAAGAUGAUUGACUACCAACGCAUAGCAUAGAAGAUAUAAUUCUGCAAAAACAUUGUUUUUAUAAACCAAUCGUAUAACUCUAUUUAGUUUAGUUUUGACUAGUGUCACACUUUUAAGUAUUAGCCUAGUUUUAUUUUUGCAUAAUAAAUUAGCCACAUGGCUUCACUGUUCAAUAAUAAAAUAUAUUUUAAACCAUUUGUUAUGUCUGCGUGAAUCAUCCUAGGACUUCUGAAAUCCACUGGUUUUUUUUAUUUUUUGUAAAUAGCAUGGAAAUAAUUAACUUGGCUAUUGAUGUUCUUUACAAUAAGGCAUGGCCUCAUUUUUAAUGAAUAACCACCUACUUUACUAAUCACAUACAUAGUGAUGUUACAUUCCACAGCACUAGUUUAUACUGGGUAAAUGUUAUAACAAACUUACUGUAAAAGACAAAAUAUGUUACAAUGUUUUGAGACCCCUGACCGCUAUAUAAUAUAUAGUGGUUGUGUGUGUAUGUAUGUGUAUGUGUAUGUAUAUGUAUGUAUAUAUAUGAAGGCAUGGGGAAUGUGAGAUACAAAUGCAUAGCACUGAAUACAUGGGUUAUGAGACGAUAAUGGACCUAUGAGUAUUAGUGGCAGAAUGUGUGAACCUUUUUAGAUGGGAUUUUUAGGGAGUGUUUCAGAAUUUUAUGUGGUAGCGAGUUCUAAAAAAAAUUGAGCAACUCUGGCAAAUGAGAAGACUGAAUGAAAGCAGAGAUGUAAGAUGGAGCAGAAUAGUGUUUUGUAUUUAAAGAAACACCAUGGUGUCAGGAAUACAAACAUGCAUUCUUGACACAUAUAGUCUUGAUAUGGCACUUGGCUCUGAAAAGGUGAUUUCACCCACCUUUUCAUAUACGUUGCACUGAUAUGAGAUCAUCAAAAGAAAUUUGGAGGCUAUUGUGCAUGUGCGACAAGACACAGCACUGCACCAUUCAGCAUCUCCUUAUAGAGAUGUAUUGAAUCAAUGCAUAUCUAUGAGGAACGUUCACUGUUUCCAUGCAGAGCAUGUAGAUGCUGAACUGUGCAGCACUGGACGAGGAAGCAUCUCUAGUGGCUGUCUGAGUAACUGGCGAUAGCAAUGUAAACAGUGCCAUUUCUCUGAGAAGACAGCGUUUACAUUGAAAAAUCGCAGGGACAGGCUAUACACACUAGAACAAAUUCAUUAAGCUGUAGUGGUUCUGGUGGUUAUAGUGUCCCUUUAAGUCCAAGAUAACAAGUUUAAAUGUUUUUUUUAAGAUGGAAAAUCUGUAACAUAAAUUCCUGACCGCAAACAAAGUAUGGAUUGGGUUUGAGUAAUUAAGCUCCUCUGAUCAGGGUCUUCAUCAACCCGUUAUUCCUGUUACAUUUUUCAUAAUACUGUUAACCACUGUGGAAUAUGUUGGUACUGUAUAAAUGCUAAUAAUAAAAAUAAUUGAACACUAGAGCCAACCAGACCACUUCAUCUCAAUGAAGUGGCCUGGGUGCCAAGUUCUCCCCGUUUCAACCCUGCAGCUGACAAGAUUACUGUUCCUGUUCAACAGUAACAACAAUGUUUUCAUUGCUGGGUAAACCUGCCUCUAGUGACUGUCAUACUGAUCAUGUAAAGAUCAUCUGAUUGGCACAGCAUGGCUUUUUGCUGCGCAUGUGCACUAGUCUCCCAAUACUUUUAUAUAAGAAAGCAUUGAAUAGGCUGAGAUCAGGGAUCUCUGUGAUCUCAGCCAGAGACCAGUGAUGUGAAUUAAAGUAAGUAAACUCACUUCUUUAACCCUGACAUUGUGGGUCCGAUCACCUAAACGGUGAUUAGGACACUAUUGUGUUAGGACUACGUAUUUGUAUUCCCAACGCUAUAGAGUUUCUCUAAGGACAGUAGUAUUCAAGGCAGGCGAGAAUAAGGGAGUGACACGUAGUUUAUCUUCAGUAUCGAAAAAAUAUAGAUAGAGAUGCCUGUGCUACACUUUCUAAUAUAUUCUCUCCUCUUUCUACAUUCUUAAUCCAAAUUCUCAAAAACUCAUACAGAGCCGGAGAAUAAUUUUAUUAAACCUAAACUUACUAAACCUUCUUUGCUACACCCUGUGAAUUUUCUAAGCUGAUUUGUCAACAGUUGGUAAUCAUUAUACAUUCUUCCCUUUUCUUUUUUUUUUUUUUUCUUCUGUUAAAGUAGAGCUUCCAAAUUCACUCUCAUAAUACUGCCCAUUCACAAUUCUCCAUUCAGAUCCACCAGGCAGGUCACAUCCUUUGACACAAAGAGUUUGUUUGUCUGUCAUAAGCAAGGCUACGGGAUUUUUUUUUUCUCCUAAGAGUGGAAGCAAGCAAACUUUUAAAAGGGUAACAAAAAUAAUCUCUUUAUUUUUUUAGUUUUUGAGAGAGUAUAAAUAUUUUAAGUGUUCGAUAAAAGUUUAGAAUUCCUCAGGGUUAUUAAGCUGGCUGUGGUUGCACAAUCGGUCUGUUGAAAGAUGAGAUUAGAGCUGUAUUAGAAGUUUGACACAGUGUAUUGACUUGCAGAGAUGUGGGGGUAGGGUCUCUAAUAAGACCCCCGAGGCAGCGAAAAUUAACCUUGGUACUGCAGUUGCUUUGUAAGCUACCUUUUUUCCAGCUUAAGGCUAGCUGCAGAUCAUGGGGAAAUGUAAUUUGCAAACUUUUUUUUUCUUUUUCUGCUUUCAUUUCCCUAAGGCCUUGGGUAGCAAUACGAUCUAGCAAUGGGAAAAUGACAAGCUGAUUUUCUUGUUAACAUAUGGGGAUUCUUCAGAGUUUGCACUCUUUAUUUUUCAGCAAAUUCUGCCAAAUUAAUUUAGAUCAAUUCACAUAAUUUGGAAUACUUAGAAACCAGAGUCAUCUGAAUGUACCUUUCCUGGUUAAAUGCUUUGUUAUUAUUAUUAUUGUUUGUUAUAUGAUGUUCUAACAUGAUAUGUUAUAUUAAAGAAUCACUGUAGGGUCAGGAAUACAAACCAUCUAGCCCCUCCGGGGCUGUCUAUAUUGUAUUCAAGCCUGAAGUUGUAAUUCUACUUGUUUUUCUGAGUCUAACAGCAUGCAGUAUGCUGACAUCAUCAGAAGUGGUGGCCUGAUCCAAUCACAGUGCUUCCCCAUAGGAUUGGCUGAGACUGACAACGAGGCAGAUCAGGGGCAGAGCCAGCAUGAUUCAAACAUAGCCCUGGCCAAUCAGCAUCUCCUCAUAGAGAUGAAUUAAAUUAGUGAAUCUCUAUGAGGAAAGUUCAGUGUCUGCAUUCAGAGGGAGGAGACACUGAAUGUUUGGAUGCAUUUUAGGCAGCCAUGACCCAGGAAGGAUCUCUCUGAGUGGCCAGUGAAGUUAUCCCUAGGCUGUAAUGUAAACACUGUGUUUACAGCAAAAAGCCUGAAGGUAAUGAUUCUGCUAACCAGAACAAAUUAAAUAAGAUAUAGUUGUUCUGGUGACUAUAGUGUCCCUUUAACAUUAUUAUUAUUUUGGCUGUUAAAUAUCCUGAGGUUCACUGUAUUCUCCAUUGGCCAAGUAGAAACCACAAUAUACUAAAUGGGUCGUUCUAUUUUCAAAUGGACCUCAUGGCAGCGAGAUUUGAUAAAAAAAAAUAGCUCCAGCUGAACACUAAUUGAAUAGGAAUAAAAUCUUCCUGAUUUAAAAAAAAAAAAAAAAAAACCUACGUAAAGUUAGAGUAGGGUUAGACAAGAUAAUAAUGUUACAGUGUGGUUAUACGGAGGGAUGGAAUUGAUUUUAGGAUAGAACAAUUUACGAGGUCAUUGGGGUAGCAUUAAAAUGACCAUAGGCUUAUGGGUGCAAUCCCCGCAGUCUGUAUCAAUGUAUCUGGUUUUAGCAAUGCAAUUUAGUAACCACACAUUGAGAUCCUGCCAAGAUAUUUAGAAAGUCAGCUGAUUUUAACUGAAGGAGAGCUGAAUUGUAGUGCAAAUACAACUGAAACAACUAAAUUUGCUUUUGACUAUAGCCAUAUUGGUUUAGAAAGUGUCGUUUGAAACAGUGGAAUUUGAUAACAGAAUAUAGCAUUCGGCUACUUUUCAAUGCUUGGUGGAUAGCUGUGUUUGCAUUGAAUGUGCAAAUGUGUUUACAUCCGCUAUUUAGAAUAUCUUUACAUUUCCAUUUAAAAAUAUUCUGCUUACACCCUUUUUAUCACUCAUUUUUUAAUACAUGUUUUACUGAAGUAGUCAGACAUUGUCAGAGGUGAAGUUAGGAUAGAAUAUCAAGGAGUUACUAAUGAGGAGGAAGCAGUUUUAAAACACAACAGGAAGUAAAGUGUGCGCAGCAUAAAAACUUCCCCUUGUCUACGUUAAAUCUUUCCAUGCAAAUUAAAGUAUCCCAAUUAUGUAACCAUGUCAUAUUACUAUUUCUUGCAGACUGUGAAUGCUACUAAAGAUUUUUAUAUAGAAGAAAACCUCUUAUUCAUGACUUUUAUGUAAUUCAGUUAAUGUUUGGGGAGGGCUGUUUUGUUGUAUUGCUUGGACUCUUGGUCCAAUACAUUUUCUAAACUCACAAAUGUAUGCAUCAAUUUCUCUUGCGUUAUCAGAACUGUCGUUUAAUGUUCCACUUUCUUGUAAACCAGCAACUAAGAGAAGUUAUGCAAAUAAUAUUUAAAUAGCCAGUGAGUGAACUCAGCGAGGAGUGUGACUUUGAGGAGAAUAAAUUGAGUGCAAAUGUGCACCACUCCCAGUGCAUUUACUAUGAUUGCUGGGUUCAGCCCUGCAACACAUAUAUUAAUAAUUAAAAAUGUGUAUCUUUAUGCACCUGAAUUACAUAAGUCACUUUUCCCAGAAUCCUUUAGGUUUAGUUCCGGCUAUUAUUUCAGAAUGUACACAUAGCCAGUAUUCUCACAUCCCUUGCAAUCUGUCAUCUUGGGGGUUGUUCUCCAUCAAUUUAUAUGAGCCUUAACCAGCUAAAUGGAAUGCUACCUUUUUAUUAUAUACUUAUUACUACGGUAUAUUUGCAGUUUGGUGUUUACUUACUAAAUAUGCUUAGUGGUAAAUGUUUUGUCAUUUGUUUAUUUUGGCCUAAAAACUACAAUUGUAGCCAAAUUCUGUAUAUUUAUGUUAACAUUCAGUUGAUAUACUACUACUACACUAUCAAACACGUCUACAUUCCACGCCAUUGUUUGCAAUAGCAGUAUGCAAUGCAGAACAGCAACCAUUUCAAUUUCGAUCUCUACACAAGUGCUAACACGAAGAAAGCUUAAUGGAAAAAUCGCUCUGUUUUGGAACUUUUUGUUAGCAUAAAUGUAUUUUUCUGUCGUUUACCUGAGGUGAACCUAAGCUUAGUUGUAAGUGCAUAGAAAUGGAACAGGGAGCCAUUUUAGCCAUUGUCCUGUGCAGACCUACCUCAUUGGCCUCUCUAGGAUAAUGGCCAUUGACCUUAAUUAUUUGUUAUGAACCCACAGCUUGGGGUUGUAGUGGUUUAAAAAUAGACUUUAUUUUUUAUAGAAAGUCCAGCUAAAACAUUCAAAGACAAAAAAACUGUUUAAUGACUUUUAAAAUCUAUUAUUUCACAGCUGUAGUUGCUAGAAUCAAUACAUUUUAAUAAAUAAAUUUACUUUCUUUUGUCAGUGGUAAAAUUUACCCGAUCAAAACUUGUAAGUUUUACAAAUAUUAAAUAAUUAAGCAAGUUUUUGUAUCCGGUUUGUUUAGCAUCCUGUAUUUUGCCAGUCAUUUUUUUUUUGUGUGUGCCACCCACACCCUUUAGCUCAUUUCCUCAGUUCCAAAAAGUUUUUUUUUUGUUUUUUUUAAAUAACUAAAAUAAAACACACUUUGACAUUCUGUCUGCUUUUAAAAUGAGCCAUGUUCUUAAAUAUCUUCGCUGUUUCCAAUACGCCCAUGAACAUACUUUCCAGGUGCGGCUUUUCAAAAUAAUCAUGAAGCAAGUACUUUGAUGGAAACAUUAAACUUGGUACAUUUUUAAAUGGUGGGUGAACAACCUAGAUGGCUGACCUGUUAUAUUACACAGAGAUAAACUGUACUGUCUCUAAGGACAUUGACUUCCUUCACAAAGCUUGUUUAAUGGGUGGAGAUCACAAACUGCAUAGGUUGCUUCUAGUUAUAUAAACAAUCUCUUUUAGGUAACAGAAAUAUAUUAACUAGAUGCUCUAUUUUUUAUUUUUUUUGUAGUUUUACUUUGUUUAAGUGAUACUGUUGUCGGUUUUGUUUUUUGUUUUUUCUUAAGUGUUAUUUGUAGUCAAACACUGUAUGUUCUCUGAAUUUUUUAGCACGUUCUCCUAUUAAAACCCAGUUAUUUCUACAUCGUAAGAUGGCACUUUUAAAAGUGUAAACUACAACACUAUUUGUUAAAUGUUAUAGAUUGACUAUAGACCCCUUAGUAGAUAUCUCAUUAUUUCAGGCUAGAAUUGAUCCACACUUUUAAUGGCUAUAUAGAUUAUGCAUGAAAAAAUAAAUUAAGAAAAAAACACUACUCACGUUUAAAGUUCUAGCUGAUGCUACUAAUCCUCGGGCAAGCAGCAUCUCAGACCAGGAAAAAACUCAAGUCAGUAUCAUCUCAUUGUCAUCUAUGGGUGUCUGGUAUUAUGCAUUAGGACCCAUCCCAGCAGGCAUUUAUUGGAUUUGUAAUUUAGACCCUGCUGCAGGUUCAUUCAUCAGAUCUAAUGAGUGGAACUGCUGAAAAAGCAGAUGGGAGCUAUGGUAUGUCUGCUAUCACCCUCAUUCACAGUUAUGUUGGCUUGAGUAACUGAGUGUCCUUACAUACUACUGCAACUCAAGCCCCAACACAAAGCCUCUCAAUGACACAAGAAGUUGAAUGGCAUGCGCUGCACACUCAGUUUAAAUGUGUAUGGUCAGAGACAGAAAUAUAGUUAUUUGAGAUAUUAACCCCUCAAGGACACAACUUCAGAAAUUAAAGGGAGUCUGAAUGUUUCUGUCAUGUGUCCUUAAGGGGUUAAGGGACAAACUUAUAGUUAAUGAGAGUACAUUAUCCUGGUACUUAGACUGUCUUUAAUAGCUGACAUAUUAGGCUGUCUCUAAAAACUUGCGCAAUGUGAUAAAUGUACAUCUUAUUUACUUUUACAUCCCACCCCACUGUGAAGAAUGGGGGAAAAAACUCCCUAAUAUGUUAAAAAUAUGGUUACUGACAAUUUUCUGUUUUAGCAUUUUAUGGUUGGUUCCUGUCAUAACGUUACAUUUUGAUACAGUGUUUUCUUUACUUCAAUAUAUUUAAAAAUAGUGGGAAGAAAUGAUCAGUGCUGGAUUCUCAAGAACAACAUUACAGAGUAGGUUUAUUGUCUGUUACAAGGUUAGACUGAGGACUGUGUGUUUUGGCAUUCAUAAUGGUCUCUCUGUAAUGCAACUGGCAGUCUGUUUAGUAUGAGUUGUCCUGACACCACUGACGUUUCCACCCCCAUGCUCAUUAAGACGUUUUUUUUUCCUCUCUCAUUUUAAAAUUGGGCUUAGAUUGGAAAUUAACCCUAUGUAGGAAAAAACACAGAGAAAAUACCACAGUAACAAUGUUUUGGCCUGUAAAGCUAAACCUCUGUCUUAAUUCCAAUUAACAUUUUCCUUCUUUUUUUUUUUUAAACGAUCUCUGCUGUAAAACACCAUUAAUAUACUGUUAGGAACAUGAGCCCCAUUACGUAUUCCUGUUGCUGCUCUAAAAUAUGCAAGUCAGAUUUUAUCUGCUGCCAAAAUCUGUUCCUGUAUUACAAAUUCUUCACGGAAAUAAUUCAUUUUGCCAGUUAUUCGUAUUUUUUUUAAGUUGGCCCAGAUUUGUUCUGUCUUGUAGCCAUGUGACAAACAAAAUAGCCCGUGAUAGGUUCAAAGACUUUAUCAAAGCAGCACUGGAAAAAAAUACACAAUCUGCUUAAUUUCUGAUUGCUGCUCACACUAUAUGUCAGUGAUCCCUAACCCUGUCAUGCCAGAUGUUCAUUGCAUUUCCCAUAAUUCUCAGCAUCGUCCUAAUACGGUCUGAUCAUCAUGUGAACUGCAGUAUAAAUGUCCGAGGUGCUCAAGAGUAUCCGUCACAGCAAGCUAUUGUUUGUGGUUCUGUUAAGGUGAAUAUUUACGUUGUGGUACUUGUUGAUUCAUUUCACAGAUACAAAUGAUUGCGUGUUUAGAAAACCGGUUCUUUAUUUUGCAAAGUGCAUUUGAGUAUCAUGAUAAGACUGGCAACUUCAUAUUUAACCAAUCUGCAAUAACUAUUUAUUUCCAAUUAUCAAAAAAAAUGGUGAUUAAUUCCGCACAAGUUAACAAUGUUUUUCUUUUUUCUUAUUUAAUUCCAGUUAAAGGAUGAUAACUGCUUGUAGAUAAGAGCCCUUUAAAGCUGAGUGUCAAAAAAGACAAGAAUUGAAGAAAAAAAAAAAACUACAAUGACAACAGCUGGACUAACUGCGCAAGACGUUCAAGUACCAUUAAAAAAUGGAUUCCUACAUCACGGCCAAAGUAUAAUAAAUUCUAAAUCUUGCUGGACAAAUCAUGAUGAUUACGAAAGGUAUGUUGAAUUUCUACAGGAUAAAAGAGCAACUAGCUUGCACAAAUACAUUUCACAAGGGGCAUCAAUGUGUGCCAAGUUCUCUUUAAUGUUUGUAGAAAGCAUCAAAAUCUGGGAGGUAACUUGUUUGAACACACAGUUGGACAGUCCUGUCUUUCAAUAAAUCCUCAAAGUGGUUUUGUUAAGUUUGUGGCUUUUUUUUUUUUUUUAAAUAACAAUUUAUUUCAAUCACUUUAGUUCAUAUGUCAGCCCUUUACAAUAGUUGAUUAACGUAAAAAAAAAAAUAAAAAAAAUGCUAUAAUCCAGUUUACUUUAAUUAUUCCAUAUAGUAAUUUGGACUCUUCGUGUGCCUUUAAAUUAUUAAGGCAAGAGUAUCCUUUCAGGUUAAUAGGUUUAGUCUAGUAUUCAAAUGUCAACUGGGUUCUAACAAACCAAUGUUUUCUUGCAGUGCUUAUUAUGAUAUGGAGCCAAUUUCUUUGACAUACAGUUUGAAAUCACCUACGCAGCAUCAAAUUUCAUCAAUUGGUAAGUUUCCUAUUACUAAACAUGUUUAAUUUCAGUGGCCAUCUUCAAUAGUUAAGUAUUAUAAUAGAAUUUCUCCAGGCAAAGCCUAUGUUGCGAUCAUUGAUAGCUUUGCAACAGACAGAUUUAUCAUAUCAACUAGAGUUGCCUUUUUGUAUUUAAAUUGCAUUUGUAUUCAAUUAAUACUUAAGGUUAUCCUAGCACAAUUUGUUAACAGUUUCACUUUAAAUGUUAUCACUAAUCAUUCUGUUCUUUUUUUUGUCCAUUUUAGGACAUAUUUCAAGGCCGAUCAUAAUGAACGGACACUGCUGUUCAGAAAAUUGCAUGAAGGUUCCUUGGAAGAAAUCAAAUUUCCUUCAUCUUGGCAUACCUAUCAUAGAACAUUCAUCUACACACUAUGAAGAAGACCAAGUUGUUUCUUCUUUUAAAAAACUAUCAAUGAACAGUGGCUCUGGUUCUGAGAAAACACCCCCUCUCACACCUGUUAAAAGUGGACCACCACAGUUUUACCCCAGUCCGAACAGUGAUCGCAGUUCAAGGCCGUUGCCUCCUCUUCCGAUUUCAGAAGAUCAUUUACUAGACGAUGCAGAUAGUGAAGUUGAAUUCAUAACAAGUUCGGACACAGACUUGCUCCUUCAAGAUCCCCGAACUUCACCAUUUAAAUAUGGGGCUCCAAGCAGACGAAGCUUUAGGGGAUGUGGGCAGAUCAACUACGCAUAUUUCGAAUCAGCAUCUGCAAAAAAAACAGCAGAUGAAACCCCAACAUGUAACCAAAAUGGACGUGUACAAAGCUCAAAGCCUCAGAAACCAGAGCAACCUCAUAGGAGACUAAGGCGAUCGCAUUCAGGACCAGCUGGAUCAUACAAUAAAGCUACAAUUCGUAUAGCAAACUAUGCAAAUAGGACUUCCCCAAAUUCUGAUGAAGACAAGCCUGAAGUCCCACCAAGGAUUCCCAUACCCCCUAGGUCAUUAAAGCCAGAUUAUAGAAGGUGGUCAGCAGAAGUUUCUUCUAACACCUACAGUGAUGAAGACAGACCUCCAAAAGUCCCACCAAGGGAACCUCUAUCAGGAAGUAACUCCCGUACACCUAGCCCGAAGAGUCUACCGUCAUACCUCAAUGGGGUAAUGCCCCCUACUCAGAGCUUUGCUCCUGAUCCUAAAUAUGUCAGUAGUAAAGCUUUUCAAAGACAAAAUAGUGAAGGGUCAUCAAACAAGGUCCCUUGUAUAUUACCUAUUAUGGAGCAUGGGAAGAAAGCCAGUUCAACACAUUAUUAUCUUCUUCCAGAGAGGCCCCCAUACCUUGACAGAUAUGAAAAAUAUCUCACUGAAGCAAAAGACUCUGAGACUAAAGUACAGUCAUGGUCUAGUGAUGGCAGCAUUUCCCCUGGUUCACCAAAACCAGAUCUAACUGUUAAAGUAGAUAUAUGUAACAAUGCCAAACGCAAGCAUUUAUCUGAUGUGGUUUCACCAUAGGCCAUGGAAGAAUACCCAUAACAGGUCACUUAAUCAUGUUGCUCUUCAGGAUGUUACUUUAAAUAUGCUUUGUUUGGUUCUGAAAAAAGUCAAAGAAAAUAUUGAACUUUUGAGUCCUUUCAUAAGACUAUUUUCUUAAAUGAAGCAAAAAAAAUAAAAUAAUGAAGAGAUAUUGAGUCAGCAAAAUGGCUCCUUUUUACGUCAAAAGCAUUAUAUCAUUAAUGCCAAUGUGAUCGUUAAGACGGAAAUCCCCAAAAGUCACUGUUGGACAAUGCAUUACUGUAGUUCACAGUAAUAGUGCAUUUGGGGAUGUAUACAUAUAUGUAUAUACAGUAUAUAUAAAACUGGUAAGAGUGGACUGUGAACUGCUGAUACAUUUGAACAGAAGGAUGAAGCACCCCAAGUGGCUGGGGUUGCUGCUGCUACUUUACCUAGCUUCCCGGGGGUCUAACACAACCAGCCACCACCACCGAUCCUCUGCCGGGAUAAGCACUGGCAAAACCAGGGGCUGCUAUUGAUGAGCCCUGAACCUGCCAGAAUUUGGAACUGGGAGAAAUUGUCAGGGCAAGCACAAACUCUGCUCUGCAGCAGCCAAUCCUAGUUACAACCCUUAUAAAAGUGAGAUGUUUCUAAAAAAAAUUAAAAUAAAUUAUAGUGCAGUAUUUUUAUAGCAUUCUAUUUAACUCUUUUUAAAAAAAAAAAAUUUUUUUAAAUGUUAAACUAUUUCUAAACACGAAUAGCUCAGUCCUAAUAACUAAUUACUAGUUUGGAGUCUUAGGGAUAGAGAAAGCUUGUUUCCAGUUAUGUAUUCUGUGGAUCACGAGUGGCUUAAUCUGCAUCCCUCAAGCGGUCUUUGGACUGCAAUCCGAUUCAAGCUCAGCUAGAGUGGCUGAGGAUAAUGAAAGCUUAAGUGCUGAAGCAGAUGAACUGUCGGUGAUAUAACAGUGCCUGAUAUUUAUGUUCUAAUAAGCCACCGAUGCUCUAGAAUGGGAAUUGGCAACCUACGGCACUCCCGAUGUCAUUGGACUACAACUCUCAUAAUGCUUUUACAGCUAUAAUGCUUGCAAGGAAUCAGGGGAGAUGUAGUCCACAACAUCUGGAGUGCUGAAGUUUGCCUACCCCCACUCUCUAGGUAUUGCAUUGACAGCCUGUGUUGAACGAUGAAAAAUGUGGUUAAUUCAAAUUCACACUCAUUUAAAGAGCACUGAUAGCACUUGCACACUAGGUUCACUGGUCUGCCAACUUCUGCUUAAAAAAGAAACAGAAAAAUUAUAUAUGGUCUGAAGGAAGAGAUAAAUAUGCUUAAAAUCCAGUGUUCUUUUCUAAAUCUUUUAGUGGAAUUUGGGAAGGGGGAGGGGAGGGUGUUUUAAGAUUGCCUGUACACUUUUUGCAUUAGCCGUGCCUUCUUUUAUUUUCAUUCUUUUCCAGUGUGUUAUUAAUAGAUCUGAAACACAAGCUGGCCUUGUGUUACUGUUAUCUGUUCAGUAUUUUUAGUUUUCUGUGUGCUUUUCUUAUUUCUUUUAGCAAGACACUAUACCAGUCACGGGCACACGGCAAAAGUACUUGCAUUCUCAAAUUCUACCAGAAAUUACUGAGAUAUUCUGCUACUGCAGACUUAUUGCCAAGGUCAAUAAUGGGGUUGUGUGUGCAUGUUCAUAGUACAUCUAUCUGUAUGUGUGUAAAAAUAGAACUGUACGUAUGGAUGACUGGAUACAAGUAAACUGACCAAUUUAAAUGUUUUCCUAACUAUUUUGGUGCCAAAAUUUGUGCAAUUUAUAAGGGUACCUAUUUUUUGUGUGGAUGUUAUUAAAUAUGCAUAUGUCAGUCUGUAUCUAAUUUAAAAAAUGCAACCAUGAAGUAUGCAUUUAAUUAAACUGCCCAUUAAUUAUUAGACUAUCUGGUCCCCAAUUUCCUGCUGAUAGUGUGUGUGUGUGUGUGUCUAUAUCCAAACAUAAAUCUGUUGACUUUGUCAACAUUUUGUCAAUAUUUGAUUUGUCAACAUUUUGCCCCAGUGACUUUUUUUAUGUGUUUUAGUUGUGGCACUAUUUCAUUUGACUCAGAUUUGAGAUCCUCCCCUUUAAGGACAAACAUAUAUGGAAUACAUAUAAUCCUUAAGGUUAAAUUACUGUUAUUUUCUUAACUUGACACUAGUUUUGCAAUUCAGAGAUUUCGGAUUGGGAUGAUUAAAGAGAGUGAUAUCAGGAGUCCUAUAAAAAUCUUACAUCUCAAAUAAUGUAAUUCAUCUCAUCUAUUUGGGUAGCAAAUGUCGAGGUUAACCAUUUGAGUGCUGGGUAGAAGCAAGCAAAACUUUGCAAAAGAAAUGCAUUGCUUCCAUCAGCAGCACUUGAAAAAGUUACAGACUUCAUUGUUUUGUUAACUUAAUUUAACAAUGAUUGUGCCUUUUUUUGGGGGGUGGGAGAGGGUUGCGACCUGUCUUGUAGGCUGCUUUUCAAUUUUAGAUCCAUUGGGAAGAAAUUGGUAUGAUUAAGCAAGUUUUCUAUGUUCUGUUUUUUUUCUCAUCUCAGUCUCUAUAAAUGUUGUAACUCUUAUCAGAGAAGGUGCUGCUGCUUAACUUUUUCACUGCCAGAGCGAGACAGCCAGCUUUCCGUGAGGGGUCUGCUCUGGCACCCGAAGGGUUAAAACAGGUACAAUAUUGUAUUUGUCUCUUCGUAAAUCCGGUGAUACACAAUGCUGUUUACAGUAUGAAACUGGUGUGUAUGAUGUAAAAAUAACUAUUUAAGUUACUGUUUGUUCUGUUUUUUUAUUUUGUUUAUUUUUUCUAAUACAAAAAACUAAAUGAAGGUAUAAAUAUUAUGCUAGCAUAAAUGCACUGAUAUUAAUGCAUAUGUACAGUAUUUGACAGAGAAUCAGUUUGUUGUUGUUGUCUUUUUGAAAAUUAAUAAAACUAUAAUAUUUAUGACACAUUUAAUUCAGACUUCCUCUCUUCAUUUGCAUUUUCUUUUUAAAUGGGGCUAAAGCACAGAAUUGCGGAUAUUCGCUUAACCUCUUGAUUUGGCAUUGUACAGUAAAAGGAAACAUAAAUAAUUUUUAUAUAGGGGUGAAUGACUUUAUGGCACUGAGCACUUAUUUCACAAGUGACAGAGCAAGAUUCAUAGUGAAUGAAGACAAAGAUCCCCUACUCCAUUGAUUAAUUUUGCAACAUUUUGUUUAUAAUGCCCAUGGUGCAAGUUAUUUGCAAAAAAAAAAAAAAAUUACAAUCAGAAUUUAUUUUUCAGAACACAGAAAA